AUUUGUUUUCAUUCUGGUGUUGGUAACCAUCGAUCGCGUAAACGAGAUCGACCCAGAGGCAAACAAAUAUAACCGAUGCGAAAUAGUUUUUCAUCUUAAAAAAAUAGUCUAUUUUAAGCUUAUCUCCCGCUCACCAUUCCAGUUCAGGGUCAGGGUCACAUCCAGACACUCACAGGCAGCAACCCGUCGACCGACACACGCAAUGGCAAACGUUCCGACCGCAGCAACACCUUCGCAAACCGCCGCCCAGCAGCAAGCGGAACUGGAAUGGAUCCAGAUGCGUGCCGACUACGCGGACAUACACGCCGAAACGACUAGGGAAAAAAUGGCCCGUAAACUGCACGAAAAUCCACUGGUACCGGUCGGGUGCGGAGCAACACUACUCGCGCUCGGGUUCGGUCUGUGGAACUUUCGGCAGGGUAAAACGCAAAUGUCCCAGUACAUGAUGCGGGCCCGAAUCCUGGCGCAAGGUUUCACCGUGGUGGCACUGAUCGUCGGUGUUGGGAUGACUUAUGCGAAGAAGAACAAGGAAUAAUCGCUGUUAAUUAGCGGCGUGACUCAGCUGGUUUUGAAACUGAUCUGCACAGAUCUAAUAGUGUGUCUAAUAAAUGUUACUCAAUUUA